AUGCACACAUCAAUGUUGCACCAUUCCACUCUACAACGUCGGCUUAACGUUCUUUUGAGCGAAUUUGAGCGAGCGCGAAAGCUCUGGAAUGAAUUAAACACCGAAGCCUUGAACGCUGCGAAUUCUCUAGUUAAUAAUCGAUUAGAAGAACGACUAAUAGAUUACUCCGAAUGUUGGCCUCCCGAGUUCAACGAGUUUCCCAACUUGAGGGAGAAGUGCCGUAACAAAAUGAUUAGCAAGUUGGCCGAAUUGGAAACGCGUUUACAGAGUAUAUUUGAAAAGAUGACACAGCAGUACAAAAAAAUGGAAAGUUACCAAACGACGCUUGAAAAUCUUCUUUUAGAAGCAAAAAAUGAUCUUGGAGACGAACACAUCCAAUUCGUCCCCGUCUAUUUAACAUGUUCCUUACAGAAACUUGUAAAUCAUUUUAUUUCUAUAUUUACGAUGUACAGAGAAGAAUAUAUAUUCAAGAAAAAGCUUUUAUGUGAAUUCAAUCAAAUAGAUGGUAAGCACGACGGUAUGGUGUUGCUUAGUGUUUGGAUGAAUCAACCUUGUAUCAAUAUUGAGAAAACCAAAGAUUUUGAUGAGUUAUGCAAAGUAGAAAAAGAAGAAUGGAUGAAAAGAUUCACGUGA